AUGCACAUCUCCGUCCUUUGCUACAUUUACCUACACCAAUCGCCAAUCCCAGAAGAAUUUUUAGAUCAGCUCGGACGCUUACUCGACUCGCAGGAUCGGUUCUGCAUAGAAUAUAUCAAAAAAUUGAGCGGACCGGUUCAUCCAGCUCUCUCGGCCCAUCGCGGCCUGGCUGUGGCCGAAGAUGAAGACCGUUCUGGGCUGAUUGUUGCCUCGAGCAUGUGGCCCAGUGCGGAAGCCUGCCAAGAAUGGUUCACUUCGAAAACGGGUGUCGAAUUGGUGGACGGGAUGUCCGCCUUUCACGACGCAGAGCGUUUGGACAUCGUCAUGGUCGACGGGGUCUUUAUCCACGAGGAGGAAUCAGAGGAAAACUCCGCCUUGAUGGAGGCCCAGAGGGUUGAAAUAACGCGCUGGCGAGUGAAUCUCAACGACAAAGAGCGCUUUCAAUCCGCGUUUGACGCGCUCGAGCAACAAAAGCUCAAAUCGGGCAAGCAAAGUAACAUCUGGAGUGCUUGGCAGCUGGAUUCAUGGCCGGCGAGGCCCGACUCGGACACUAUCAAGGUCUUUGUGAUGAUUGCGAAAUGCGAGGACGACUCAAGGGAAGACGGCUCUGUAGAGGAGAAGGCUUGCGAAGAUGUUGCCAUAUCUGUUGAGAAGAAAUUCUGGACACCAACAUCCCUCGGGUUUGGACCAUCACGAAAGAGCAAACUAUAG